GAAACAAUAUUUGAGAGGGCAGAUAAAGGUUCGGAUGGACCUUGGAUGUCGGCGUUUUGUUGAAGAAUCCUGCCAGUUUUGCCAGAAGGACUUGAGGGAACAGGCAACAUGUUCUGGUUGGCUUUUACGAUACUGCUGUCCGCAGCACGACCCGGAGAGGCUCAGUGGCUUUUUGGCGGCGGUGGCAGUACCGGCCUUAGCAGUAGCGGGCAGAACGACGCCAACUGCGGGGUGCCCUCCGUGGGUCUGAACGCGCGCAUCAUCGGCGGGCAGUACGGCUCGCAGGGCAUGUUCCCGUGGCAGGUCAGUCUGCAGAACCUCGCCCAGGGCGGGUCUCACGGCUGCGGAGGAUCUCUGUUCAACAACCAGUGGGUCAUCACUGCUGGACACUGCGUGGAAGGAAUGACCAACCCCGGCCUGUGGCGGGUCCGUGUAGGUCUGGCGUCCCUGCAGUACUAUGAAAACGGCGAGCAGGAGUUUUCCGUCUCCAAGAUCAUCAUGCACCCCAGCUACCACGCCAGCUCCGCGGGUUUCCCUCGCAACGACGUCGCGCUGAUGAAACUCUCCAGUCCUGCAACUGUGAGCAACUAUGUCAACAACAUCUGCCUGCCUGACCGUGACGCGAGCGUCGGGACGUCCAACUGUCUCGUGAGCGGAUGGGGGGUGUACGACAUCCAGUCCCAGUACUGGGGGCAGGCUCCUCUUUCCGCAACUCUGAAGUGGACGUACGCCCCCAUACUGGACCCCGGGUACUGCAGCCAGAACUACAUCUGGGGUAGUGAGAUGGUCAGCAGUAUCAUGGUGUGUGCAGGGUAUGACCAUGGACAGGACGAUGCCUGUAACGGAGACUCCGGCGGUCCGUUUAUUUGCCCGUCCCCUGACGGAACUCGCUGGGAACUGCAGGGGAUCGUCAGCUGGGGUGAACAGCCGUGCGGUGCGCAGUACAAGCCCUCCGCCUACACCCGGGUCACCGCCUUCAAGAGCUGGAUCCAACAGACCAUACAGUCCAACUAGAGUCAAUCUCUGUGCUCCGACAGGCCCAGAUCUGGAGUACGUAGUUCUGCCGUCACUCUGCGAAAUAAAGCGUGUUGACUCUAAAGUUGUGUCUGUGAUCUGGCUUACGUGUAGCUUGUACGAUCAACAAAUUAGAAAUAUAGUGACCU